AUGUCCAUCCGCUACGCCGCCCAGCGGCUCUCCUGCUACUCGCAACCACCAUUACCCCUAGCUUCCGCACACUUCCUCGGCCUUAGAGCUUGCAGUAUACCCCGCGCAGCAUUCACACCCCCGCCAAUUACAGCAUUACAGCGCCGGACCCCACCAUGCCCGCCGACGAAUAGACAGUUCCAUGCGGCGCCCCGCAUGCACAAGGACCACCACUUUGACACGCUCAAGUUCGUGCAGAAGCUUCAGGAGGAGGGGUUCUCGGAGGAGCAGAGCGUCGCGCUGAUGAGGGCGCUCAGCGACGUUAUUGAAGAGAGUAUCCAGAACCUCACCCGCACAAUGGUACUCAAGGAGGACCAAGAAAAGAUAACCUACGCCCAAAAAGUAGACUUCGCCAAACUGCGCAGCGAGCUCGCCACCGUCCACUCCGGCGAACUCAAGCCCAUCCGCAGCGAGCAAGAGCGCCUCACCUCCGAGAUCGCGCGGCUGAACGCACGGCUCCGCGAGGAGAUGCAGCGCACGCAGAGCUCGGUGCGGCUGGACCUGAACCUCGAGAAGGGGCGGAUCCGCGAGGAGAGCAGCGUGCACGAGCUGAAGAUCAAGGAGACGGACAGCCGCAUCGAGAAGGAGGUGGGUGAUCUUAGGGGCUUGCUGGAGAGCGUCAAGUUUAGCACGUUGCAGUGGUUGAUUGGUGUUUGUACGGGCACGGCGGCGCUGUUGUUGGGUGUGUGGAGGUUGUUGAUGUAG